AUGAAUACUUUACUUAAAAUUCAGUUGCUAAGAGGUAGUACAUAUAAAGAAAAAAUUGCUCGACCACAUUUGAAAGAUUUAUCGAAUUGCAUUAAUUUACCAGAUGCUUAUUUGUUAAAAGCUUGUGGUGUGAAUAGAUUCUUGUUUCACAAGCUUUUGAGAAUUUUAGAACCUGUCGUACCUAAAACACAGCGAUCAAAUGGUAUUCCAUUUACGUUAAAGGUAUUGCUAACAUUAUCCUUUUUAAACAGUGGUUCACAUCAAAAGUCAAUCGGCAAAGAUUUUGGUCUUAAUAUUUCUCAAAAAUCAGUGAGCAGAAUUAUAAAAUAUGUUAUUGAAGGGCUUAACAUGGUCUUGAAUAACUGGAUUUGUUUCCCAAGUUCUGUUAUGCUUCGAGAUGAAAUCAAAGAGGGAUUUUAUAGAAGGUAUCACUUUCCUGAAACUAUUGGAUGUAUUAAUGGUACAUAUGUUGAGAUUGUUUGUCCAAGAGAUGAUGAAGAAGCUUUUUACGACAAAAAUGGUCAAUAUUCUAUUCAUGCGCAAAUUAUUUGUGAUGCUGAGCUUAGGAUAAUAGCAAUUUGCUGCAGAUUUGGAGGAGCUGCAAAUAAUGCUUAUAUAUGGAAUAGGAUGAAUAUAAAGACUUUUAUUGAAGAUAUAAAUAGACAAGGAGAAACUAGCUGGAUAGUUGGUGAUUUUAAAUAUCCUCAAAGAGCAUGGUUGAUGACACCAAUCUUACAUGCAACUCAAGAUACACCAGAAUCACAAUAUAACCAUUUUCAUAGUCACACCAAGAGUUGUAUUGAAAAAUGUAUAAGCAGGUUGAAGGGACAAUGGCAAUGUCUCCAUAAAAGACCACUCCAUUAUACUCCUCAAAGAGCAGCAAAAAUCAUAAAUGCAUGUGCUGUACUUCAUAAUCUAUGCCUAAAAGCUGGUCUUCCGGAACCAACACCUUACAUAGAAAAAGAGUUUGCACCACUUAUUAGUGAAAUGACAGAGAUGUCAGAUGAUAAUAUUAAUGAUUUAUAUAUAGGCCUAGAAGUAAGAAGACAACUUGCAGAAAAAAUUUACUAUAGUGUGUAA